CUCCACAUUGAUAGCCUGGAUAAACCCGCCUUGAAAUGCGAGAAUGCCAUAAGCUUCCAGUUGCUGAUACUGUCUUUCACUACAGAAAUUGCGCUUACAUCUUUCUGCUGCAAAAGAGAAUACCGGAUUCUCGACCGAUGAGGCACUCGGUGAGCUCGAGUGGCCCGUGGCAGCGUUACGCCAAUGUGUCCGUCCCAUGGGGUACCCCGCGUUUCGGAGCGAUGAUCCACCGACUUGGUGUGCCAAACAGGCCAGCCCGCUGCUUAUCCUGACUCCGAUAGGCAAGCCGACCAACAACUUCCGUUUUCAGUGGAUCCCACCCUCUCCUAGUCUCGGGACAAUGAAGGGCGAACUUCUGACGAUAUGCUGCCAAGCCGCUGGCUGAGUAUUAGAUGGACGCCAUCCCGCUGAGGCGUGAUAGCUUAAAAGAUCCUUCGGUUCAUCUACCUAUCCUACACUUAAGCGAAAGCUCUGCGGUCACCUCAUUCAAGAUGCGGCUUUGGAAACAUGAUUUUCGGGGCAGGACCCUGAUUUUUGCUAUUACCGCAGCCUCAUGCCAGGCCUUUCUUCUCCUAGGAUAUGACCAGGGCGUCAUGUCCGGAAUCGUCGGAGCCGACAACCGCUUCGCCAAGGAUUUCAACAACCCUGAUGCUUCGAUGCAAGGCGACAUUACCGGAUUAUAUGAUAUUGGUUGCGUGGUCGGGUCUAUUGUUUGCUACUUUGUGGGCGAGAAGUAUGGGCGACGGACUAUGCUCUUGACGGGCGCGACAAUCAUGGUCAUUGGUUCUGCUCUGCUUGCCUCAUCCUACUCGAUAGCACAGCUGCUUGUUGGUCGGAUUGUCACUGGUUUCGGCAAUGGCAUGAACUCGUCUACCGCACCCGUGUUCCAAAAUGAAUGCUCACCUGCGUCCUAUCGAGGCGCUCUCCUGACUCUUCAGGGUACUGUUACCAUCCUUGGAGUGGUCAUUGCAUACUGGCUCGAUUACGGCACCAGCUUCUACACCUCCUCCUUCGAAUGGCGCUUCCCGCUCGCUUUCCAGGCCAUCUUCGCCAUUUGCCUCAUUCUACAGAUCAUCGAUCUCCCCGAAACUCCGCGUUGGCUGGUCCAACACGACCGACAUGAAGAAGCCCGCGCCGUCAUCGCCGCCAUCCAAGACACUGACCUCAACGAUUCAGCUGUAACCAAAACAAUCCUCGACAUCCAGGUCGUUCUCGAUGAAGAGCAACGGGAAGGCCCUUUCCGCUUUGCGGAGCUCUUCUCAUGGGGCGAAGUACAGAAUCUCCGCCGUCUUCUGAUCACCAUCUCCAUCGAACUGGGCCAGCAAUUCACGGGCUCCAAUAUGAUCAAUUACUACGGGCCGGUUUUGUUCCAAGAAACGAUGGGGAUGAGCCGCAACCUGUCCAUGCUGCUUGGUGGCGGCAUGCAGUGCACCUACCUCGUUGGGUCCGCGAUUCCGGUGUUUCUGAUGGACAGGUUCGGCCGUCGCUCAUUGUUGAUGAUCUGCUCCGCAGGGUUGUGUCUGUGCUUCGUAAUGGUCACAAUUCUGCUGUCGCUCAACCGCACUGACUGCGCCUACGGCGCGACCGUGUUUAUUUUCAUUUUUCAGAUCUUCUACGGGAUUGGCUGGCUGCCUGUGCCGUGGUUCUAUCCAUCUGAGAUCAACACGACGCGGGUUCGGACGCGAAUGUCGGCCAUUGCAUCUGGGUGGAACUGGAUGGCUGUGUUUGCCGUGGUGAAGAUCACCCCGAUCGCUUUUAAAAACAUUGGCUGGAAAACCUUCAUCAUCUUCGCUGUGCUCAAUGCCGUGUUCAUCCCGAUGGUCUACUUCUUCUACCCAGAGACUAAAGGAAUCGAGCUGGAGGACAUUCCUCUGCUCUUUGCAAAGGGUGGCAUUACAGGAGGAGUAUUCAGCUCCAAGGAUGGCCGGACAGUCACGCCCGGCCAGCAUGCCCAGGAAACUCACGUGGACCGGAAACUGGAGACAGAUGUGCAGCAGGUUGAGAAUGUAGAUCACAUUCCGCUCGAAGCGUGA